AAUAAAUACUAAAAACCAACAUCUCACGUCACUCUACCUUUGACUCUCUCUCUUUUCUUUAAACACCCCUUUCUUGUCCGCUCCAUCGCCCACCUCUCUCUUUCUCUUUCUCUUUCUCUUUCUCUGUCUUCUCACCUCUCCCAUUUUUAUUUAUUUUAUCAUCACUUUUUUCUCUCACUCGUUCGCUCACCACCAUGGUUAGGGACGAUCUCUACAUCACCGUUCCCAGCUUCUUCCGCUGCCCCAUAUCCCUCGACGUCAUGAAAUCCCCCGUCAGUCUCUCCACCGGCGUUACCUACGACCGCUCCAGCAUCCAGCGCUGGCUCGACAACGGCAACAACACCUGUCCCGCCACCAUGCAGGUUCUCCAAACCAAGGAAUUUGUUCCUAAUCGAACCUUACAGAGGCUCAUCCAGAUCUGGUCAGACUCCCUCCACCACCCACUCCACUCCGCUCACUCCCCCACCUCCACCCCCUCCCAAUCCCUCCCCUCCAAGGACCAAAUCCUUCUCGCUAUCUCCGACUUGCAGACUCGCGCCGACAACCGCUUCGACUCGCUCGCCAAAAUCUCUCGCUUCGCUCAAGAUUCCGAAGAGAACCGCGAUUUUCUCGUCAAAAUGGAAUGCUUCGUGCCUCUGCUCGUUGGCUUCCUCCACAAUGUCAAUGGCGGCGUCGAGUUCCUCGAACAGGUCGUUAUGGCGUUGGAUUUGAUUAUCGGAAAAAUGGAAGAUCGUGAGGGGCUGAAAAACUUGAUACUGAAGGCGCAGGGCGAGGCAGAAAAACAGAGUCUGGAUUCUCUGCUCGUCGCUCUCCGACGAGGGAACCAUGCCGCACAGAUAGCAUCGGUUAGGGUUUUGACGUCGGUCGCCGUGGACAUGGAAUCGAAGCUUUUGAUAGCGGAGAAGGAAGGUUUAGUGUCCGAAUUGCUGAAACUAAUCACGCCGGAGAAAGAUCCAGAUCUAAUCGAGAACUGUUUGUCGUGCCUGGUGGCGAUUUCGUCUCCGAGACGGAGCAAGAUGAAGCUGGUGUGUCUGGGAGCGGUUAAGGUGUUGUCGAAGCUUCUCUGCGCUUCGAACGUGAGCGUGUCGGUGACGGAGAAGGUUCUGAAGCUGGUGGAAACGGUGUCGUCUACGAAGGAAGGGAGGUUGGAGAUAUGCGAGGAUUCAGCGUGCGUGGCGGCGAUAGUGAACAAAGUGCUGAAAGUGUCGAGCGUGGCAACGGAACACGCCGUUACGACGCUGUGGAGCGUGUGUUAUCUGUUUCGGGAUGAGACGGCGCAAGAGGCCGUUACGAAGGCUAACGGCUUGACCAAGAUUCUGCUUCUGAUGCAGAGUAAUUGCUCGCCGCAAGUGCGCCAAAUGUCUGCGGAUUUGCUCAAGAUAUUCCGGGUUAAUUCCAAGUCGUGUCUUUCAUCGUACGACACCAAAACCACUCAUAUUAUGCCCUUUUGAUCAUCCUUUUAGUCCUAUUACCGCCUUGUAAAUCAUACAAAAAUUUUGUUAGUCAAUAGACAAAAACGAAAAUGAAAUUGAAAAUUCAUUUCAA